GGGCCGCGUCCGCCGGGCGGCUCCCCACCCCGCCCCCGCGGCUCUGGGUGACGCUUCUCCAAUAACAGCUCGCGGGGAGCGCCACUCCGGGCACAGCCGGCGCCCUCCGUGCCAGCGCAGCCGCCCGCCUCGCCGCCACCAUGCGGGCCGAGGGCGACGGCGGCCUGGAGCGCUUCUGCAGCCCCGGCAAGGGCCGGGGGCUGCGGGCCCUGCAGCCCUUCCAGGUGGGGGACCUGCUCUUCUCCUGCCCGGCCUACGCCUACGUGCUCACGGUCAGCGAGCGCGGCAACCACUGCGAGCACUGCUUCGCCAGGAAAGAAGGAUUGUCCAAAUGUGGAAGAUGCAAGCAGGCAUUUUACUGCAAUGUGGAGUGUCAGAAAGAAGAUUGGCCCAUGCACAAGCUGGAAUGUUCUCCCAUGGUUGUUUUUGGGGAGAACUGGAAUCCCUCAGAGACCGUAAGGCUAACUGCAAGGAUUCUGGCCAAACAGAAAAUCCAUGCCGAGAGAACACCUUCCGAGAAACUGUUAGCUGUGAAGGAGUUUGAAUCACAUCUGGAGAAAUUAGACAAUGAGAAGAAGGAUUUGAUUCAGAGUGACAUUGCCGCUCUCCAUCACUUUUACUCCAAGCACCUUGAAUUCCCUGACAAUGAUAGCCUGGUAGUACUCUUUGCUCAGGUUAACUGUAAUGGCUUCACAAUCGAAGACGAAGAACUUUCUCAUUUGGGAUCAGCCAUAUUUCCCGAUGUUGCACUGAUGAAUCAUAGUUGUUGCCCCAAUGUCAUUGUGACCUACAAGGGGACCCUGGCAGAAGUAAGAGCUGUACAGGAAAUCAACCCAGGAGAGGAGGUUUUUACCAGCUACAUUGAUCUCCUGUACCCAACAGAAGAUAGGAAUGACCGCUUACGAGACUCUUACUUCUUCACCUGCGAGUGCCAGGAGUGCACCACCAGGGACAAGGAUAAGGCCAAGGUGGAAAUCCGGAAGCUCACUGAUCCCCCUAAGGCAGAAGCCAUCCGUGACAUGGUCAGAUAUGCGCGCAAUGUCAUCGAGGAGUUCCGGAGGGCCAAGCACUACAAAUCCCCUAGUGAGCUGCUGGAGAUCUGCGAGCUCAGCCAGGAGAAGAUGAGCUCGGUGUUCGAGGACAGUAACGUGUACAUGCUGCACAUGAUGUACCAGGCCAUGGGCGUCUGCCUGUACAUGCAGGACUGGGAAGGAGCCCUGAGAUACGGACAGAAAAUCAUUAAGCCCUACAGUAAGCAUUAUCCUUUGUACUCCCUCAACGUGGCCUCCAUGUGGUUGAAGCUAGGAAGACUGUACAUGGGCCUGGAAAACAAAGCUGCUGGAGAGAAAGCCCUGAAGAAAGCCAUUGCCAUCAUGGAAGUAGCUCAUGGCAAAGACCACCCCUACAUUUCUGAGAUCAAACAGGAAAUCGAGAGCCACUGAAACUAUGCCAACGUGUUAGUUUUUAUUUAAAUACUAGCGCAGAAACCUCCAAGGAUUUGAAUAUUUCAAAUCGUACACAUCACUCCAGCACUUCCAUAAAAUCAUUGGAAUGAAAAUACUACUUGCACUUAAACCUUACACAUGGCUUACUUGGAAGUUGGUCUUAAUCUUUAACCUUAAAUUAAUUUUUGGAUGCUUUUUUUUUUCUAAGAGAGAAUGGCAUGGUUUCAUAUAUUAUUAUAUACUUUAGACAGAGUUUAAAAAAUUCAAUUAUUUUUCCCUUCAUGCCUAUUAUAAUGUUCUGAACAACCUCAGUGGUGAAAGAGAAUAAAAAAAGAUUAUAGUACUUAAA